AUGGUUAAUGGGAGGGAGUCCGGAGAGGAUCAUCGAGAGGAACAACUGCCAAGGGUGAUGAAAGAUGGCAAUAAAGAUGAAGCAUAUCGUGCCUAUAAGGAAAGGAUCUCACGUGGUAAUGGAGAGGGAUCAUCACGGGGUGGGAGGCAGCAAAGUGUUCGAUUUGCUAUCAAUGCGAGGGGUUUGAAAAACUUGCAGAACAGAGAAGAUGGACAUAACCUAUCUAAUCCCCAGAAACUCGUGAUGGAUGGUUUCAAAGGGAUCAAUCAGUCUCCAAAGGUGAAUAAGGAACAUCAAGACUCUGUGGUGGAGACGGGAGUCAUUCAAGGGCUUACUUUAGGUGAGAAGGUGCAAGAUGAGGAGGAUGGUAUGAAGGAAGAUAUUGAGACUGUGGACCAUGAUCCCCAUUCUGCUUUGGGUGAUGCAUCUUAUGGUGGAGGGAGUACUGAUAUCGGACUUUGA